GUUGGAUCAUAAUCUAAUUCGAAGUCGAAAACCAAAGGCAUCUUCAAACCCCUCUUCUUCUCCGAACCCCAGGAGGAAUAUACCCAAUUAUAGUGUUACUGGCCCUCUUCUUGCUCGUUCAGUGACGAUGGAGCCUACAGCAGUAAGGAGGCGAUCCACCCAAUGGUUACAUGAUAAUGCUUCAAAGAAAAUGAGGACCGUCUCUGUCGUCGUGGACCUCAGUGACAGCAGCAGCAGUUCGGGAUCCGAGGGGGAUGAGGACUGGUCACCGGGUGCAGCGGCUGUGCCGGCAGGGUUUCUUGCUCCUCUCCCUCCAGAGGAGACGGAGGUCCAGCACCAGCCGCAAAGGCAGUCGCCGCCGGAGUCGGAGAGAAGCAAUUCGAGUGCGCCGCGGAGUCCAAGGGCCAAGGAUUCCACCGCCUGGUCUGGCAAUCGUUCCGAUUCGAGCUCAGGACUUCGACACCCUUUGGAGGUCAAUGGGCCUCGGAUCAAGACCAAAUAUGAUGUCGGGACACGGAUCGGACGGGACUUGCUCUUUGAUGCCCGGAAUCACAUGCACAGGAAGGCCAGCGGUCAUGGGGAUGUUCCAAAUAUCUGCUUGUACGGGUCAACGGCUGGGAUACGAGGUUGGUAUAACCGACUCCCUCAAACAGUUCGAGAUAGAGUAGUAGCAGCUGGUUUUGGUGAUUUCGUGCUGACCCUCAACAAAUCCGCUGUGGAUAAGGCUGCUAUUCACGCACUCACCGAGCGGUGGUGGGACACCACUCACACGUUCAAUCUCCCGUGCGGCGAGUUCACCCUUUCCCCCCUCCAUUUCAGCGCCAUUACGGGACUCCGAGUUGGUGGACAGCGGAUCCCUUUCGAUCUCAGCUUGAGGGAGAGACCUGAGGAAGUUGUUCGCUUGCUCGGGUUCCUCCCCUCGGGUUAUGCCAAUGGACGGGCACCGUAUGACCAACUCCGGAAGGGGGCGACUUAUCGUCCUUGCGAGACCGAAGAGCAAAUAGACCAAUACACUCGUUGCUUUCUUCUUUACAUGAUUGGCAUGUCAAUUUUCACUAUCAACCACGACCGCACAGCUGAUAUGUGCUUUCUAAGUCCGUUACGUGAUGUUGAUAAUAUAUCUAGAUUUGACUGGGGUGGUGCUGCCCUUUCCACUUUAUAUGCCAACCUCGAUGGCUUCUCUCGAGGAGUCAGGCGAGGCUUUGGUGGACUUUACCGAGUGCUUGAGAAAAAGAAUGCACUGCUUCAUUUGCAGAUAUGGGCCUACGAGCUUCGAUUGAUCAAAGCCCCGAAGGUCAAUCCCUCAGAUGAUGAUGAGGCAGUUGGGGAGUAUUCUACUGAAUUACCUGCUGGCCGGCGCUGGAUAGGUAAGAGGUUCAGUGCAGAGUCCUCCCCCAAGAUUCACCCACAUCGUCUACGUCUUGACUCGCUUGAGUUUCACAUGAUUAACACAAACCCUUGAGGUCCACCAAAGAAAUGGCCACCUUAUAUGGUCACCUCAAAACAGAUUGAGGCAAAGCGGAUCCUGCUUGAGGGGCCCCAAGCUCGUGCCUGGUACUUAGGCGAGCGAGUCAUGCAUAUGGCAUGGCCACCUGAGGAACGCAGAAUCCCAUAUGAACCACCAGCUUCUAUGCUAUGUGCGCAAGAGCUUCAAGGAGGUGACCUAGUCCAAGCCUUGAGAGGAUAUGAUGCACGUGAGUUCAUACAAGAUACGGAAAGGACAUAUCUUGCAUUCAUCCAGCAGAAACUCUUUCAGUGGAAAGACACUAAUGUAUCGAUGAUGCGUGGUGCUCAGUCAGCUGACUCGCCCACUCCAGCACCAAGUGCAGGUUCACCAAGCCAUGAGGCUUCUUCUCAGCAGGCCCCCGCAAACAAGUCCUACCAGGAACCUAGCGCUACUACUUUGACUUCAGGGGGUCCGAUAAGUGCUGCCCUUCAUCCCCUUGGUGGUGCUGUUAUGGCCUACUCGCUGGAGGGCGAACUACGCCCUUACCCGGUCGAGCCCAGACCCAGUGAAGUAUUGACCUUGGAACAUUUCUAUUUACAAGCACCAGACCAGGUGCCCACAACUGAGGUGCACAACCUUCUCCAGCAGCAAUCGGGUAUCAUGACCUUCAUACAUGAACACACAAAAUGGAUGUCCAAGCAACACAAGGCAGUGGUUGACCGAAAGGAACUAGAAAUUGAAGAGCUACAACAGGAGCUCCGUAAGGCUAGGAUAAUGAUCUUGAAGAUGAAGUGGAUCAUGAAGCAACAAAGAUCGAAGUGAGCUGCUGCUCAAAUGUGAAUAUUAAACAUCCUCAGCUUUUGUACAUAUAAUCAACUCCAGGAGCAGUUUUAACUACUCAUUAGGCUCUUGCUAGUGCACUUUUUAUGAACAUGUUUCCAUCAGUUUUAAGCAUGGCCCGGUUCUUGAACUGAAUCACAAGCUUAGAUUCUUUGGAUAACUGGGUCUAGGUAUUAUGAUGUAAUUUUCAAGGUAUUCGUAUUUGGAGCCCAUCCUAUAAAAGGUUGGUCUUAAUUGGGCCCAAUCUAGUGCUAUAUGAAAUUUUCUAUGUGUGUUUCAUUUUGUCAA